UUCUUGUUCUUCUUCCUCUUUCUCUUCCUUUUUAUCUCUCUUCCAUCCUCGCACUUCUCUCUCUUUCUCUGCAAUUGUUUUCUUUUUUGUGUCCCUCGUUCUCGCGUUCUCGCUCUCUCCCACUUUUGUCGCCUUUAAUAUAUAUCCUGCUCCAAUUCCCUCCUCUCCUCCCACCCCCGCCACCGUCUACUGACAUCCCUCUCGUCGCUCCAAUUCCUCCCAGCAUGUGACCAAUGGCUUUCCACCAUUUCAACAGGAAGCAGAGGCUUCUGCUGAUCGCCUACGCCAUCCUCUUUUCAUUCCUCCUCCUCCUUUGCCGCUUCUGGUCCCUCCGCGACCCGGGCUCCCUCUUCUUCGAAUCCACCGAAGGCUAUCGCCCCAAAUACAGCCUGACUCGCAUCCAGGAAUCGCUCGACUACCUGUCCGUCUACAACCAGACCGGCAUCAGCUACCCCUUCCCGCCCAGCGAAUACCAGCCGCCGAAGGACAAGACCGCCUGCGUGGGGAUCGUGACGGUGAAACGGCCGCUGCAGCAGAAUCUCGGCACGACGGUCGCCUCGAUCCAGGACACGUUGACGCCGGAGCAGCGGCGCGCGCUGACCAUCCAGGUGCUGUUCGCGCUCAGCGACCCCGCCGACCACCCGGACUACAACCAGACGUGGCUGUCGACGAUCGUGGACGAGGUGCUCACGUACGAGACGGUGGACGCGCCGCACGUGACGAUCGCCCGCCUCGAGAAGCAGAAGGACAUCAAGCGCAAGUCGCUGCUGGACUACCGCCUGGGGCUGCAGGCCUGCUACGACCGCAGCGACGCCCCCUGGAUCAUCAUGCUGGAGGACGACGUGGUGGCCCAGCGCAACUGGUACGAGCACACUAUGCAGAGCGUGCGCCGCAUCGAGGACGGCCGCCAGCGCGGCCUCCUCCCCACGGACUGGCUGUACGUGCGCCUGUUCUACACGGAGAAGUUCCUGGGCUGGAACUCGGAGAGCUGGCCCGUCUACCUCUUCUGGAGCGCGUUGACCGUCGCCGGCGUCGCCUGGGUGGCCCUCGUCGCCCGCCGCAAGGUCCGCGCCACCCAGGGCGUGCUCACCAACCCUUUCCUCCUGGUGGUCUGCUUCCUCUGCGUUCCCGCCCUCAUCGGCCUCUUCUUCAUGACCGGCCGCGUCACCUGGUUUCCCAUGGAGCCCGGCGUGCAUGUCAUGAACGCGCACGGCUGCUGCUCCCAGGCCCUGCUCUACAACCGGGCCCACGUGCCGGAACUCCUGCGGUACCUGGCCGAACGGGAGGACAAGGUCCCCACCAAGGCGGUGGACAGUGUCAUCGAGAUGCUGGCCGGGAAGGAAGGGCUGGACCGGUUGGCCAUCUCCCCCUCGCAGAUGCAGCAUGUCGGCGCCGUCUCGUACAAGGAGAAGAAGAAGACGUGGAAGUGGGAAGGCCCGUAUCGCGUCAAGGGCGCCCACGGCGUCUGGAGCAUGGGCUUUGAGGAGGCAUAUAUACGAGACUCGUAUCGAUGGUUUGAUAUGUGAAUUUUCCAGAGCCACCUUCCCGCUGGGUGGAAGGUGUUCUCCGACCAAAAAGCGUAUGGGGAUCCGUCAGCUUUGCCCCAUUCCGAAACUCAAGUGCAAGCACGGAGGAAGCGAUCUUAUAAUGAUAUAUGUGGGAAUGACUUUUGCGUUUUUUUUUUCCAAUUCGACUUUCGGAUGUUAAUAUGGAAAUCAAGGACUUGUGUAUAUGAUAGGGGGUACCGCAUCGGGGUCACCAUGUAUGGCUUUUUUUUUAUUUUUUAUUUUUUUUGCCUCCAGCGAUCUUUGUUCUUGUGAUACUAGUGCAGUUUCCUAGAUAGAGUACAGACCGAAAUUUACAUCCGGCUGGCAUGACAUGCAUGCCGUGUU